ACUUUUCAAGAUGCACAAACUGUGACGUAACCCCUUUAAAACAAAAGGUCAGAAAAUUUACACAGGAAACAUCACUGAGAGUCUUUUUUUAAAAAAAGAAAGAAAAAAAAACUAAAAUAGACUGUUCGUUGAAGUGUGCGUUGAAGAACCGUCUCCAGAGUCCAGACUGUAAUGUGCGAUAAACUGCAUCGCCCGCAUUUUCCCCUGACAGCGGUUAUAUCAGAAAAGGCAGGUGAUGUGUAGUAGCAGGUGUUUUGACCAAUUAGCAUUUCCAUGAACCAGCGACAGGGAGGUUUAACGCCACAUACAAACUGCCACGAAAACAAGGAGGAUAUUGUACGGAAACUUGGUCUCGUUUCUUAAAAAUGUGUUCACAACGAUAGCGAUGUUAUUGAUAGUAGUUUUGCUGUUCAUUUAAUUGACGUACGAAUUCAAGCUGGCGAAAACUGUGUCCCAGAUGCAGAAAUCGAGCGAUUAUCUUAAAGCUUGUUAACAAAAUUUUAGCAUUUCGCGUCUUUUUGCGAAGGAAGGGCUCCAGACGCGCUUUUAUUAAAAAUCAUGGUUUGUCAUCAAAAUAUCAGACAUGAAAUGAAAACGCCGUCGGUAUUGUUGAAUAAUUCACUUUGAAAAAUUAAAUUGCCGCGGAAAGGGUCUUUUGCCCAAAAUCUGAAUCCGACACUUUGUGUAAAAACGCCGUGCCAUGCGGGUUUUCGCGCGACUCCCGGGAGCCAAUGCUACCAGAUUCUACUGAUGAAAAUCUGUGGUUGGCCAUUUUCUCACUUGAAGAGGCCCCUGACAGCAGAUGGGCUGUUUCAAGGAAAUUUGCUUUGCGUCAGUUUUGCUGCGAUCAAGACUAAACGUUCAGGUUCGGCGCUCGCGAAUACGCCGCGAAGCCAGAGAGAAUACCCCCGGUUCAUUAAAAUGCGCUAACUGUUGUCCAUUGUUUUGAAAAUCUGUAUGUAAAUAAACACUUGCAAAUGGGAGUGUUUUGACAUGUUUUAGUGACAACAACAUAAGGUUUAUCACGAGAUAAAGUAAAUCUCGGCACAAAAGCUUUUCCGUUCCGAUCGGCGAGCCUUCCAGCCGCCCCGCUUACUGAUAUGGAUCGACUUUUUGCGUAAAAAUGUUCUCACCAGUCGGAAAUAUCAGUAACCCAAUAUUCGCACAACACAAGCGAGAUGGCUUUUACGCGAUGCCGGUCUUUCCUUUUCAUCGAUCGCGGAUUCCGCAGUUCGGUGAAGACGCAUUCGUGGUUGAAGCCUUGCGAGACAAACAGGCGCUCUUAGCCUUAUGAUGGCAGUCAAAGCGAACAAUAGCUAGACAAAAGAUGUUCAAAUUGCGCGAUUUUUUCGAGUUUACAUAAUCCCGGUCAAACAAUGGCGUGUUGAAAGUUUGGCUCGCGCCCACAAAGGCUCUCAAUGUCAUUGGCUUUUGUCAGAGUGCUGUCAAAUUUGAACUGUCAAUUCCUUAUGACAGGCGGAGUCAAAUUAUAUCAAAAGAGGAGCGCGUAAAUGUGUUGUCUUUCAACAAGCUAAUUGACGUAUAGCAUGGCCGACUAAGUGCUUUCUAUGCCGCGCGCUUUCAUCCUUUCACUUUGCAUUCCGUGCGCCAAACUGUAUGCAAAUUUUGACCGCGGAAUAAACUCGAGCGUCGGUUUUUAGAAAAUCCACAAUCCCUCCUCUUGAAUCGCAUUUUACCGUCCCGUUCAGCAGCUGGCAUAGUGCGAGGUACCUCCCACUGGGCACGUUGAAGAGUUACUCGCAUAAAUUUCACGCGCAAAGCACUGUACUUUACAUAAACGUACAUACAGUCGCAAGCGGACGAGGAAACUGAACUGAAGAGCGCGUACGAUCGGCUGGAUGAAGGGCCAGAUUUGUAACAUGGUUCAACAGUGCGCGGGAUGCGAGCUCCCCAUCUCGGAUAAAUUCCUGUUGAAAGUUCUGGACCGCGUUUGGCACGUCAAAUGCGUCCAUUGCUACGACUGCAAAUGCGCACUCACCAACAAAUGUUUUUCUCGAGAGGGAAAGCUGUUUUGCAAGAAUGACUUUUACAGGCGCUAUGGAACAAAGUGUGCUGGUUGCUGCUUAGGGAUCUCGCCGAAUGACAUGGUCCGAAGAGCCAAACACUUGGUGUUUCACGUCAAAUGUUUCAAUUGUUCCAGCUGUAACCGGCAAAUUUUGACCGGUGAUGAAUUGUAUUACGUCGGAGAAAGCAAAUUCGUUUGUAAAGAGGACUACUACCAAUCACGCUUGCCAUCCAAGCAUUCUGACUCUGAUUCCGAAGAGAAAGAUCUAAGCUAUGGUUUAGACGAGGAUUUAGACGUAGCACUCGGAACGAAACGCCGCGGACCACGGACUACCAUAAAAGCUAAGCAGUUAGAGGCCCUCAAGGCUACCUUUGCAGCUACUCCUAAACCUUCCAGAAAUAUCCGCGAAAAAUUAGCGCAAGAAACCGGCUUAAACAUGCGAGUGAUUCAAGUAUGGUUUCAAAACCGAAGAUCGAAAGAGAGAAGGCUGAAGCAGCAAGGAGUCUCUCAGCCGAGUGCAAGCCGCGCUGUGAGAUCAGGAAGACGGUCAAGGAGAGCAAAGGCUGAAAACCUUGGAAACGGAUCUACUAACCCCGCCGAACAGUCAAUCAACACAUCACAUAUAAAUUACACAGCUCCACAAAAUUCACACUUCCCCGCGACGGCUUUUGAUGACUUUUACAUGAAGACUGAUGCUGGUUUGCCGAGCGAAGUGAACACUGCUAUGGACAAUUCUCAAAUGCUUCAAAAUACGGGAUUUAACAACCAAGGAAUCAUGGCUGUGAAUUCCGUUAACGAUAACAGCUCGGGAUUACAAAUUAGCCACUGUGUUGUUGGGCAGAGCCAGAAUGGCGGACUAACCUAUGACACGGCAGCCGGGAGGCCACCAAACACAAUACCUCCUUCCGCCGAGGUUUGGUGAAAAACAUGAAAGCGAUUUCCCAGUUCUGUACUUGAGUAUUCGCUAUCUAAACAACAACAAAAAAAGAAAUAUUUAAUGCAUAAAAACAAAGUCGGCGAACAAACGGUUUGCCCCAAGUCAAAGAGAAUAAAAGGCCUGAUAUUGUGUUAAUCCACCUCUGAACUGAUAACGACAAAGUGCGCUGAAAACACUCUCCUAUUAUCUUGUUUUAGCGGCACACCAAAUGCUUGGCGAAGCUUAGACGGCUGAAGAAAACCUAGUUAUCGUUUCAUCAAUAAACAAUGCCGCUCGCCUGACCAUUAGAAAGAUUAAGUAAAUAACACAGCUUAUUGCCUUGGGGCAUGCAUAAAGAGGCACGUUUUCGAGCUCACUGACAGAGUUGUAAAGAACAGAAAAAAUAUAAAUGAAAAAUUUUGGCAUCAUAAUCAGUCGAAAUACGUUCUAAUAUAAAGCGUUUUGAAAGAGGAAAAUGUAACCCAUAUGAAUAAUGGUUCGCUAGACGAACAUCUGUAUGAAUUUGUAAAUGUUAAAAAGAAUAUUUUAUAAUUCUAGUAUGAGCAAACCCAACUGUUGUUCAGCUGGUAAUUGUUACUCGAGAGAACCGAGCUUGACAACGACAGCUAUGGUGAUGCCACUGAAAAUAUAUAAUUUGGUCACAUUCGUGACUUGUGUAGAUGAAAGAAUUAUUCGACAUACUGCUUGUUCUACAGGCUUGUGAUUUUUAUUCAGACGGAAUAAAAAGUAAUUUCUUCCAGCA